AUGUUUCACCAACCCCAUAUAUCACCGAUCGUCAUGGCGCCGACUGCGUCGCACAGGCAGGGGCGCUUUGCAAGUAGCGAUGACAUAAACAGGAUUAAGUCGCUGCCGAACAAGAACGUGAAGAAGUGUCGUAAGAUUUUUUCUCUUCGUGACUUGCAAAUCACUGUUACGUCGAAAAAGAAGCCCUCGAACGUCGACCUCGGACACAAAGUGAACUACUACGGAGACAACUGCGAGAACUGCACAGGUUGUGCGACCGCGGCAACGUCUGGUGGAGGCGCGGUGCCACGGAUCGUUAGCACAGAAGACGACAGUCUGGCUAGCAAUUUUCAGUGUUUGAACGAGAACAAACGUGAACUCAAGAAAGGCGUUGUGACUAGUAGUAGAUGCAGUGGAAACGAUACGGUCAACGCCAGAAUAAGCAGGACUUCGAUGAUCGACUUCCAGCCAAUGAGACUGUCCUCUGCGCGGUUCGAGCCCACCCCUUCGCCGACACCGACACCGACGACCACCACUUAUGCGUUUGUGUCCUCCAAGGGCUUGAAGGCUGUUAGUCGGGUUCAAUUGAAGUUCCAGAAGAUCGAACGCUAUCUGUUAUCCGUCAGGCGGACCCUUUCGACCACGUCGGCCGUCAGCAACUGCACGUUGUCGUCUCGCAGCCACCUGUCAUCACAGAACACAUGUCAGCCGGUGUCUCUCCCCACUUCGAGUAGGUUACAAUGCAAGCUCCGACCUCGAUCCGACUGCACGGCCAAUGGCAACGCAUUGCGGUCAACGCGAAAUAUCAGUUCUGAUUCUUCGACGGUGAGUGCAUUAUUAUUCAAGUGGUGA